GACAGAUUGUGAAUAUUUUUUUAUAUUCUUCACAGCUAACCCAUUGUUCCCACUAACCAUGCACACUAGAAAUUAAACAGUAACUCUCAACCUGGAGCUCAGUUAAACUCAGAGAACACUAGACUCUUUCAUAACAGAAAAAAAGAAAUCCGCAUAAUGAAGAUCAUAAACAGAAUCUUUCAGUAUGUCAUCAUGUGUGCCUCCAUCGUUCUGUGUGUUCUUCUGCUCUACCAAACAUCAAGCAGACAUUUUCUAGACUUUUGCAUCUGUAAUUGUGGGAUGGAUUCUGAGGGAAAUCAGUGGUUUUCUCAGCGAUACAACAGCUCAGCUCGUGUACUUCUCAACAGAAAAAACCACGCUGUGGAUUUCAACACUUUCUGGUGGUGGCGGAGCCUGCAAAACGAGUCAAAUGUAGCCAACUACACAGAGGUGGUGGAGGUUUUGUUUGCUCAUUUCCCAGAUAAACGUCAUCACUUGGACCGUAGUCCCAGUCGCUGCAGGAGUUGCGCUGUGGUGGGGAACUCUGGGAACAUGGUGGGAUCACAAUACGGUGCACUCAUCGAUUCAAAUGACUUCAUUAUAAGGAUGAAUGGGGGUCCGACAGUAGGAUACGAGCGGGACGUGGGCCAUAAAACCACUCACCGUAUCAUCUACCCUGAGAGCGCUGUGGAUCUGGAGGAUCAGACACAUCUCGUACUUUUACCCUUUAAGAUUCUGGACCUGCAGUGGCUCAUCAGCGUCUUCACCACCAAACACAUAGAUCACACAUAUGUACCUGUGAGACCCUCAAUAAAAGCAGACAAGAGCAAGGUGAUGAUUCUUCAUCCUGCAUUUAUCAAAUAUGUCUAUGAGAGUUGGUCACAGAAUGAGGGAAAAUAUCCAUCCACUGGUUUCACUUCCAUUAUAUUGGCCCUGCACAUCUGUGAUGAGGUGAGUGUUUUUGGGUUUGGACCCACACGUGAUCAUGCUUGGCAUCAUUACUUUGAUGAUUUUGUUAUCGGCUCUAAUGACGGCCCUCAUGCCGGAGACUUUGAGAGAAGAGUGAUCGCUGAACUCCAUCAAAAACGAAUCAUCAUGAUGUAUAAAGGAUGGUAAUGACUCAGUAUUGUCAACAGGUUUAUGUGUGUUGGAGAAACACAUAUUGUGCUCUUGUAAGUACUGUAUACAUAACAUUCAUGUUGUUUUUAGUUUGUCAUACCAUGGUGUGUUUGAAUACUGGAUUCUGAUUGGCUGAAAUCAGUGGCGGCGCUAGGGGUGGGCUAAGGGGUCUGAAGCCCCAAAUGUUUUGUUACCAUGCCGUGUACGAAUCACUUACGGGCCGUCUACAUUUUGCGUCUCUUCCUAUUGGCAAAGGUGAGUUGGUCCUUCUUGGAAAAAAAACACUGAGAGUGUAAAAACAACAUAACUCUCCUAGCAGCUUCAGUGGCGUAAUAAGUACGAGUCGUUACAAGUAGAGCUGACGCUACAAAUGAGUGCAAGAUCUAAUCCAGCUUUUAACAAACUACAUUCACAUCACAAAUCAGAUCAUACAGGCAAUUGUUUUCAACAAAAUGAAGAAAAUAUAUAAAAAUUGCUAACAGGUGUUUAUAAGAAAGUGUAUGGUGAGGUUAAGGGCAGUAGAGAGGUAUUAUUAGUUGUCAUAAUUUUUAAUCUUCUUUUGUUGAAGUUAUAUGUUAGGGGCAUUUUACCUUUAUUUGAUAGGACAGUGGAGAAAAGACAGGAAAGCUUUGGUUAGAGACAGGGGAGUGGGACCAGCAAGACACACUUGAGACGGGAAUCAAACUCGGAUCGGGCCGCAUGUGCACAUGCUCUAUAUGUCAGCACACUAACCACACGGCCAUUGACACCGACGCUUUCUCCCUCUUUCUGGCACUUGGGAGUUUGUGCUCUCUUUGGGUCUGCUGUUACUAUUUAAACGUGAUUGACAUGCAUUAGCAUUUAAAUAACAAACCUUAGUAAACAACCGAUGUCCAGUCAUGCGCAACACUGGUUGUGUACAGACGGAGGUGCCCAUUAGGUUUUGAAUAUGGGCUCGGACCUUACACGCCACUGUAUUCACUAGUCACUAGUCUCCUAUAUUCUCCGGGCUCUGCCCCAGAUAUCCACCCGCCUUACAGCUGCCCCUGUCUGAAAGGUGUGCAUUAACACCAUUUAUUACCCGGGUAGCUGCAGUCCGUUUGAUCAACAUUUGAAAUGAACUGACAAAAGUAAGUGUACUUCUCACCUGACUGAUCAAAAAACAAACUUCCAACAUCAAUAACAGCUUUAACUUGUCAAAUGACCAUGGUAUAAGCAGGAUCAUCCACAGCAAGCUGUUACGUUAAAGAUUCAAACCCUUUAUUGUAUGACUAGCCGUGAAUAGUUGAAGACAUAUAAUCUCACACAUUUGGGGAAAUAGAUGAAAGCUCAUAGAAUAAGAAAAAUAGCUGUAUAGAUGUAGGUUUUCCAAUCAUCCUCAAGUAUGAAAUCUUCUUGAUAUUUCUACUAAAUUCACGGAAUGCCAUUCUUUUUUUGGAGUGUAUUUAUUGUACUUUGUUUGUUUCUUUUUGACACUAUUAUUUUCCUAUGGAUACAUUAUUGCACCAUGAUAUGCAACUGCUGUCAUACCUGUCAAAUUGAUAGUGAAAUGUCUGUUUAUGAUUUGUUAAUCGAUAGUCUAUUAACUGUCCACUUCACUGUUUGAUUGAUUUUGAUAUUGUGAAUUGUUUGUCUAUGUACAGCAUCCUUGAGCACUAUAUCUAUUAAACAUAGAAUAUUUCACAA